UCUGGCUCUCAGUGCCUCUGUCCAGACUGCUGCUCCAGACCUCAACACCCCUUUCCAUUCAAACCAACUUUAAGCCACACGUUUGAGUGUGUGAGCCAGCAUUUCAUCCAGAGCUUGCUGUGAAUUUUUAGGAGCCUCUGAGUUUGUAAAAGUUUCAGUUGGACGACAGAACAGCUACCACGAUGAGGAUCAUACUGCUGCUACUGGUCGCCUUGGCAGGGCCUUUCUUUACCUUCACCCGAGCAAGUACUCUAGUAUCAACAGCUUCUGUGGCUGUAUAUACAGUAGCUGCAUCAGAACAGCCUCCUGAGGUCACAAAGAUAGCAGAAGAAGCAGCUCCUCAAGAAGUAGUUUCAACAGCAGCUGCUCCUGUUCAAGAGGCACCGGAGGUGGCUGCCACCACAGUCGAUGCUGGUGAGCCAUCAGUUUCCACAGAAGCACCAAGAAUACAGUCGGCAGCACCAACACAAGCAGCCGCAGCAACAGAAGCAGCAACAAAAGCAGCAACAGAAGCAGCAACAGAAGCAGAAGCAGAAGCAGCAACAGAAGCAGCAACAGAAGCAGCAACAGAAGCAGCAACAGAAGCAGGAGCCACAGAGUCAGCCAACAAUGAAACAUCUACAUAUGUUGAAAAAUCUGAGGUGGAGGUGGAGGAGCAAGAAGUUAUGGGCACGGGACAACUGGUGGGUAUUGUAAUCGGUGCAUUGACUGCAGUGAUAGUGGUCAUUGUUGUAAUCGUCUUGGUGGUCAGGAGAAUGGGACAGUACUCCCCCUGAGAAGAAAACCAGCUCGACAGGAACAAAAGAAGAAGACAUUCUGGAAGUUCUGAACUAUUGUUCUGAUUAUAAAAAACAAUGCUAGCAGUACUCUAACCAUCCAGGACUAUAAGGGAAGCAGGAGAGAGGUCCCAUUCACUUUCCAAUUGAAAAGGAUGCCCUGCCCAACCAUCCCAGCCUUCCCAUUUGCCUCCAUCUACCCUGCCCUACUCCCCUAAUCUAGCUUGCGAAGCCCUAUUGAUCACCGUACAUAGGGAGGCCACAUGAAGUUACAAUACUUACAUUUUUAACCAUGUAAACGGGAUGAGUGAAUGUGGUCUCACUAACUCUGAGUUUGUGAAAGACCUAAUAAACAAAUACAAACUCAAACAGCACAUGCAAGCAAAAGCUAAUAUAUUUUUAUAUAAAUCCAGCUGUGUAAAUACCAUACCAAAAAAACUCCACAGUGUCUUCAUCUGUCACAACAAUUAAUUAUGCAUUAGAUUUUACAUUUCUCUCAAUUGUUUUUCCCUAUAGAGUUGUCCUAUAAAAGUAUUAUGUGUUAUAUGCAGUUUAUGAGCUGUUAUAAGCAGAUUUACAUUCAUGCAUUCGGCAGACACUUUUAUCCAAAGCGAUUUACAUUGCACUUUUUACAAGGACAACCUGGAGUUUAGUGUUGUUGGCUGUGGGGAUCGAACCAGCAACCUUCUGUUUACCAGUUCUGUGCUUUAGCCCACUAUGCCACCACCACUCCAGGUGCUCAGGACAUGUGCUCAGGACACGUUCGUAAAAAUGUCUAAUUUGCUAGUUGAGCAGCCUUAAAACUGACGCCUAACAUCUAAUACAUAGUUUUAAAUAUAGUUAAGUGGAGCAACACAGUAACGGCUCUCAUAUAGGGUUUUAAUUGAAGUGCAUUAAUAUGAAGUGACUUGACUGCCUUGUUCUUAACUGUCACCCAUUCCAAAAGUGACAUCACUUCCUCAGGGACACAUCACUGAGUGUUCCAAUCAGCUUUGCUCCAGCACACAGCUGCUAUUGGCAUGUAUCAAUAAAAUCCUGUUGUUUUUCACCCUGGAGUAAAUUAUUUUAACAGCAUACAGACAUUCUGUAUCAAUAAACCUUGUACAUCUUGCAUGGUAUAGUUAUUUGUAUUUUCUUUGUGUCAGUGAUGUGGUUUCACAAUCUGUUCACACUGAAGUUUAUUGUGUUUAUUUCUGACGUUCUAGAGCAUGGCUGUACUGGGCUUUGCUUUAAGAGAUUGGCAAUGAGUGUGCUGAAUGAUGAAAAACACAUUUUAAUAUUGAUAAGAGGCUUUGGUCACUGCAACUGUUUGCAAAAAUAUUUUCAUUGUUUUCUCUUUAUAAUACAUUACUCCAUGUUUUCACUUUUCCGUUCGAUGUCAGAGUCCUCUUAAAACAGAGUGUUUGUCUGUGUUAGGAUAAUUUUUGUGGUGAUUGUUCAUUCUGUUUCUCAAUAAUAAAGUUAAAAUGA